AUGGUCUACAUCCACGGCGGCGCCUUCCGUGACCCCCUCGUGAGCUCCCUAUCCCUCACCCCCUCCCUGCCCGCCCUCUUCCAAAACCCCCACGUCGCCGGUAUCGCCUCCCUCAACUACCGCCUCUCGCCCCACCCGACCCAUCCCACGGAUCCCAGCGACCCGUGCGACGGGGCCCGGAACGCGGAAUGGCCGGACGCGAUUGAGGACGUGAGGGAUGCGAUACGCUGGUUGAAAAAAGAAGAGGGGUUGGGAGGGGGGGAGUGGAUUGUGUGCGGGCACAGUGUGGGGGGCACUAUGGCUGUGAUGGUUGGGAUGGAUGGGACGGGGGGUGGGGGAGAUGACGGGCGGGGAGGAAAGGAGGGAAAGGAGUGGGAAAGGGGUGUUUGGGGGGAAGAAGGCGGUAUGGAUGGGUUGAAGGCUGUUGUGUCUCUAGAAGGUAUUUACGACUUCACCGCGUGCCGGGACGCACAUCCGCGGUUGCGGGAUAUGUAUGAUGCUUUCACUACGGGGGCUUUUGGGCCUGAGGAGGAGGGGGGAUGGGAGAGGGGGGACGUGUUGAGGUGUAAGAGGAGGGUUAGAGAUGGGGUGGAGGCUGUGGUUGUGGGGCAUAGUAGGGAUGAUGAGUUGGUGGAGUGGGAGCAGGGGCAGAGGUUGAUUGGGGUGCUUGAGAGGGAGAGGGAGGGGGAGGGGGAGGGGGAGGUGGUGAGAUUGGUGGAGGUUGAGGGGAAGCAUUCGCAGGUUGUGAGGGACGGGGUAGCGGUGGGGAAGUGUGUAAAUGUUGCAAUUAGGGUGUUGGUGGAGAAGGCAAGGGCGAAGGAGGGAGGUUGA